CCCCCGCCCCCAGCCUCGCCACGAUCCUCUCCCUCUCCCGCUCCGAGGAACCAAAAUUUUCCCUCCACGACAUCCUCUCUCCUCGAUCAAAGCGGCAGCAAUGCCGUAGCCAGCCACGUACGCCGUUGGAAUGCCGGCCAAGCCAUGGUCGACGCCUCGUGCCCUCAGACACCGGACGACGUAACCCGCGACGAUCGACAGGAAAGCGCAUCAUCACCAUGUCCAACAUCUUCGGCAAGAAAGGGAAGAGUUUCAACGGUCCAGAUUCGCCGCAGAGUCGUGCAGCACGCGUGCGGUUCAAGAGCGCGAGCCUGAACUGCGUCGACUCGCCCAAGAAGCAGAAUGACGACACCUGCAAAUACAGGGUGUUCGUUGGUACGUGGAACGUGGGAGGGAAGAACCCGAACGACGGGCUUAACCUGCAGGACUUCCUGCAGGUGGACGAGUCCUCCGACAUUUACGUCUUAGGGUUUCAGGAGAUCGUUCCCCUGACCGCCGGCAACGUGCUGGUCCUGGAGGACAACGAGCCGGCGGCGAGGUGGCUGGCGCUCAUCCACCAGGCGCUCAACCACCCGCAGGAGCAGCCGGACAGCGACGAGCCGCCGACGCAGCCGCCGGAGCCCGGCUCCGCCGACGCCGGCCGGCAGCAGAACCGCCGGCGCGACGCCAUGGCCAACAGGUCCUCCAGCGGCAACCUCUUCUUCCAGACGCCGUCGCUCAAGCUCCUCAGCAACAGCUACCGCGUCGACAGCGCGCUCGUCAAGACGUGCAACUGCUCCGCGGAGGCGUCCCUGCAGCGGCGCCGCGCCACGGAGGUGCGCGAGUCCGUGUACCGCGCCGCCGAGACGCCCCCCGCGAGCACGGCCGCCGAGGCGGCGUCGACGUCGGCCGGCGGCUGGGACGACGACGGCGCCGGCGCCGGCACGCCGGGGCAGUGCGAGUCGCCGGCGGCGGACGGCAGCGGCAUGAGCUACUGCCUGAUCGCGAACAAGCAGAUGGUGGGGCUGUUCCUGUCGGUGUGGGUGAAGAAGGAGCUGGUGGAGCACGUGGGGCACCUCCGGGUGGACUGCGUCGGCCGGGGCAUCAUGCGCUGGCUGGGCAACAAGGGCUGCAUCGCCAUGAGCAUGACGCUGCACCACACCAGCCUCUGCUUCGUGUGCAGCCACCUGGCCUCCGGCGAGAAGGAGGGCGACGAGGUCCGGAGGAACGCCGACGUCGCCGAGAUCCUCAAGAGCGCGCACUUCCCCCGCGCAUGCAAGUCCUCCGCCGCCCACCAGCGCGUCCUCCCCGAGCGGAUCCUCGAGCACGACAAGAUGAUCUGGCUCGGGGACCUGAACUACCGGGUCUCCCUGAGCUACGAGGAGACGAGGACACUGCUGGAGGAGAACGACUGGGACGCUCUGCUGGAGAAGGACCAGCUGAUGAUCGAGAGGGAGGCGGGGAGGGUGUUCGGGGGCUGGAAGGAGGGCAAGAUCAGCUUCGCUCCGACGUACAAGUACACGCAGAACUCCGACGCGUACGCCGGCGAGACGGUCAAGUCCAAGAAGAAGCGGCGAACGCCGGCAUGGUGCGACCGGAUACUGUGGCACGGCGACGGCAUCGAGCAGCUGCAGUACCUGCGGGGCGAGUCCAGGUUCUCCGACCACCGGCCGGUCUGGGGCGUGUUCGCCGUCGAGGUGGAGGCCGGCGGCGGCAGGAUGAGGAACUGCUACUCGAUGUCCGCGCGGAUCGGCCACGACAAGCCGGGGUCGCCGCAGAGGCACGGCGGCUCCGUUGAGCCCUCCUCGUAGCCGCGGCCUUGUAGUUGUACUUGUAUGUAUGAUGUAGCUUAACUGCUAAAGGGUCAGAAAAGAUUUGGAGCCACCAUUCACAGGUUGAGAUCGCAGCUCGAUCUUGUCAGGCUGAUGUAUGUUACUACUAACAGAAAACUAAUAAA